AUGCCUCCCCUGAUUGCCUCUUGCUCCUCUGCGUUUCUUCUUUCCUUCGUCUAUAUUCUUCCGGUCUCUGGACACAGUGACUUUCAGACAAAACGCUCGGGCAGUAUCGAUGACCGACCACCACUAGACAGGGCACUCUUAGGAAUCCAGGUCGGCAGCAUUUGUGCUGCCUACGUGAUCUUCGUUGCUGUUCUCCUUGGUCUACUACUCCUGGUCGGGCGUCGACUACGACGGACUGUUCAGUCCUCAAACUAUUCUCUGCAGAUGCAGAUGCUGAAGCCAGUAAAGCAACCUGUCAGCCUAGACCCUAGUCCGAUCUCUCCCAUCUCGCACAACCUACCCAGUCCCACAUUCGCCCACCAGCCCACUUCCUCGUGGGGAAUUAUUCAGCGUGGAAACAGACCCUCGCAAACAUCUGUGAACGGCAGUAUGGUAACCAUCGAUGAAUCCGUGGUCGCUUCGGACCGACAAAGGGCCCAGGACCAGAUGGAGAUGUUAUAUGCUGCAGUUAUGGAGCACGAUGCCCAAAAGGCCUCUGGACUCGAUGUAUCUGUUCGAGAUCGAGACUCCCAGAGCCAAUCCCCGGACAGUCAAUAUACCAAUCCUUUCACCGAUCGACACGCCUCGUAUGCCACGGAGCAGCCGCCCAUGCCGCCUCUGAAGUCUCCCAAGUCUCCAAGAUUUUCGAACGGCUCUCGCUUGUCCAAACUAUUUAGCUCAAAUACUCGAGCGAACCCCGAUGGUGGCAAACUGAAAUCCCCAAAGUUUCCUCUUCGGAAGUUGGGAAUAUCAUCACCGCUCUCCUCUCCUGACCCACGAACCCCUCAAACUUAUACUCACGAGGCACCGCCUUUGUCCCCACGGUUUUAUAAUCCUGGACCACCGCCAAUGGCUCCCCGAGCACCUCCUGCCUCGGCCAUUGGACAUGGCAUGCCUCCUUCAGGUCGUGCCCGGCCACCAGCUCCACUGAACCUCACUACUGCAUCCCCCCAUGCACAGUCUUCUCAAAAUUCGCUUCCUUUCCGUGAAGCUUAUCCCCUGCAGAGUGCCCCAGCUACCAAGACGACAAUCCUGGAGCGCCCUACCAAGAACCGCACUGGGCCAAUCACAGGCGUUCCGACUCCAUACAGUGCCUACAUGCCUUUCACCCCUGUCACCCCAUUCACACCAGGCCGGACUGUUAAUAAGCGACAGCGGAAACGCGAGGAGAAAGAAAAUGGACUUCGAGCCUUGCAUGAAGACGACUUGGUCAAGGACGAUACUGACAUGUGGUGA